CUGAACUUUACUUGUCCUUUCCUCCACUAACUCAAACAUGGAGCUUGUUUUGUCAGGGUUGGUGAGCAGAUACAGUGGAGAAGGUGCACAGCAGCACCAGUGUCUUGAUAUGAGCAUUAUCAUUUGGAUUUGAAUCCGGAGAUGGUGGAGGAAGCGGAGCAGCCCCAUCCUACCAUCACCGUUGAGGAGCCUCUUGACUUGAUCAGACUUAGUCUGGAUGAACGGAUUUAUGUGAAGAUGAGGAAUGAUCAAGAGCUUCACGGCAGACUACACACAUACGAUCAGCUUGAGAUGGUUACAACUGUGGAAAUUGAUGAGGAAACAUAUGAGGAGAUAUACAAAUCCACCAAGAGAAAUAUCCCAAUGUUGUUUGUCUGUGGUGGUGGUAUUGUUCUUGUGGAUCCUCCACUGAGAGUGGUUUAACCCCAACCAGACUGAGCACCACAGACUGACCUUCAAUAUGUGAUUAUGAUUUUCAGUUGAUUGACACAUUUUUUUAUAGAAUGUAUUUCAAAGUUACAUUGCACUAGGCUGAUGCCUCUAGUUUAUUUUUAAAAAGGUGUUCAGCUUGGGCUCUUGAGAGAAAUAAAUUGUGUUUUUGCUUGA